AUGGCUUUGGAACCAAUUGACUAUACCACGCACUGUCGUGAGAUUGAGGAAGUAUUUCAGAAGGUCGUGAGGGGAUCCGACGCUGAGAUCGAGUGGCUUGUGCUUUCCCCUAAUAGUAAGAAGGAAUAUACAGCGGAAAGCGUGGGAUCUGGGUUCAGCGAGUUUCUAGGCACCUUCGAGGACACGAAAGUGCAGUUCGGUCUUGCUCGUGUCAGUCCUCCAGGCUCUGACGUGCAGAAGCUCAUCCUGAUCGGAUGGUGUCCCGACAGCGCUCCGCUCAAGACCAGGGCGUCGUUUGCAUCCAACUUUGGUGUGGUGGCCAAUCAGGUUCUCAAGAGUUAUCAUGUGCAGGUCACGGCCCGCGAUGAAGACGAUCUUGACGAAAACGAGCUGCUCAUGAAGAUCAGUAAUGCUGCCGGUGCGCGCUAUUCGAUCCAGCAAGAGCCCACUCGCACGUCAUCUGCGCCAAAGCCGCGCCCUGCAGCUACCCCAAAGGCAACACCCAGCUCUAACAACGUCUCCACAGCCCCCAAGCCUUCAGCCGACUUCACGCCUAAGCCCAGCACUACGGCAUCUGUUCCCAAAGCUGCUCCAGCCUCUGCACCCAAGCCAGCUGCUCAAUUCUCAACGCCCGUUUCUGGUCGUGACGCUGGCAGGAGCAACAGUAGCGGCGAGGACGAUGACUGGGAUGAGCCUGAAAUCGAAGAACGCGAUUUUGAUUCAAAGCCUCUGAAGCCAAACAAGUCAUCAUGGCAACCGGUGGGUAAAGUUGACUUGCAAAAGCUGAUUGCUGAAGAAAAUGCAAAGCAGGACCCUCGCCUAGUUAACAUGGUGAAAUCUGACACGCCCGUUAAACUCAACCCCCAGGACGACAUUCAGAAACUGAAGCAAGAGUCUAGAGCUCAAAGAGACGCUGAGCUGAACAAAUUUAUGGGAACAAAGCCUCCUACUGGCAGCGUACCCAAGAAGGACGACGACAAAGUGAUCAGAGGCUUCCAAAACGAGAAGUCGCCCGCCCAGCUGUGGGCAGAGAAGCACCAACAAAAAGUUACCAGUCCACAGAAGGCAUCAGCCGCUACUGAAGCGGCGGAGGGAAAGAAGGAGGAUGAAGACGACGAAGAAGAAGAGGCACCUGAAGUGUCUAACGUCAAGGCUAAGUUCGAGAAAAUGGCUGUUAAUGAACCCACAAUCAUAAAACCUGGGCAGCCCAAGACACCUGCUCCUGUCGAAAGUGACAGCGCGCCAGCCCCUCCUAAGGCUUCGCUAGGAAGGCCCUUACCUGGGAUGCAUACCGAGCUUGAUGACGACCAAGAUGCCAAUUCUUCAAAUGCGCAAGACGAUGACGACGACUGGGAUGACCAAAGUGAUGAGGAAGUGAAGCCUCCAGCUCCAGCCCCAAGGCCUUCAUUACCAGCAAGGACAAGUACCGCAACUUCCUCGUCGCCUGCACCAGCUCCUGGGCCAAGACCUCAAUCCAAUCUCACGCAAGAGGUGCCUACAAAGACACAGGUAGAUGAAAAACCUGCCGCUGCAGCCGCUCCUUCGCUGCCUACACGUACUAGCGAAUCAUCAUAUGUUCCCCCACCUCCUCCUAGAAGAAAUGUGCCCGUUACUGAAGAGCCUGAGGAGCCUGAGGAGCCUGAAACUGUGGAGGGUUCUCAGAAGAAUGCUGCUGAAGACGAGCUUCAACUUGAAGAAAAACUCCCUUCUGCCAUUGCUGAAUAUGAUAACGAAGCCGAGGAGCAUAACGAGCUGGCUUUUGAAGAGGGUGACAAAAUUAUUAACAUCUCUUUUGUUGAUGACGAUUGGUGGUUGGGUGAGCUUGAAAAGACCGGUGAAAAGGGCCUCUUUCCAAGCAAUUACGUUCAGUUGAUAAAAUAA